UACUGUGUAGUAGGGUAGGAGGGUAGUAAGGUAGGAGGGUAGUAAGGUAGGACGGUAGGGGUGAUUUCGGACGCAGCCCCGGAGGAAGGUUACGUUUCUGAUUGCGUCACUGGGAACGGAAAAGAGCAAAAUGGAGGAGUACGCAAGGGAGCCGUGCCCGUGGAGGAUAGUGGACGACUGUGGGGGUGCCUUCACCAUGGGAGCCAUAGGUGGAGGAAUAUUUCAGGCUGUCAAAGGCUUUAGAAAUUCACCUUCUGGCAUGAACCACAGGUUGAAAGGGAGCUUGACAGCCAUCAGGACCAGGGCUCCACAGUUAGGAGGAAGCUUUGCUGUAUGGGGUGGGCUUUUCUCAAUGAUUGACUGUGGCCUAGUUAAAGUGCGCGGAAAAGAGGACCCCUGGAACUCGAUAACUAGUGGAGCCAUGACAGGUGCUAUUCUUGCCGCAAGAAACGGGCCUGUGGCUAUGGUUGGUUCUGCAGCUAUGGGGGGUGUACUGCUAGCAUUGAUAGAAGGUGCUGGAAUCCUGCUCACACGGUUCGCUUCAUCACAGCUCCCAACUGGUCCACAAUUUGCAGAGGAACCACCCUCAAUGCCUGCCUCAUCCUUUGGUGAUUAUAGGCAGUACCAGUGAGCAACCACAUCAUUUUCAAGCCAUAUAAUUAUUAUUCCAUAGAGCACUGAUGGAACUCGUCCAUUUAAGCACAUGCCAGUGCAAUCUACCAGUAAAGAUGUUUGGUGGAGAAUGAAAAAGGAAAAGCCAAAAGCCUUUUCCCCUUCUGGAAGUAUCUUCUGCAGUAUAGAGUUUCACAUUCUCAGCCAGUUUUCUUUUCUCCCUAUUUAAAUCCAGGGCCUCUAUUGCUUUGACAGGAGCAGAUGAUUCUUUUGCUUCCUUGUUGAUGAAGUGUCUGUUGUUUUUCCACAUUGUUUUAGUAAUAACGAAUAAAGACAAAUUUCAGGAGAAUUCGACAUUCAAGAAAACUUAAAUGUUUCUUAAAGUAUGCUGUUUGUCUUGAUGUGUGAAUGUAAGCAUCUUUGCCUGUACAUAUAAUGGUUGAAAAUGUUUGCAGUUGUAAAAUAUUUUCCCAGUAUGCCCUUCUGGAGAGAGUUGUAAAUUAAUUUCUUUACCAUCUGAACAUAUCCGUAUACCACUCAUUUUUGAAGCAGAUAUUUAUUUUGUAACGGAAGUAAAUUGUGUUCAUGUAAUAACUCACUUUGACAUAGUACAGUAUGUAUUUCAGGUUAAACAAAAGAGUUUUUGAGUGGUACAAAUGAAUAAAACUGAGUGGGAUACUCUACUGAAUAAAC